CCGCGUGCCGCUAUCAAAUAGUUCCCAGUUCUGGUGUAGGAUUGGCCCUGCGAUGAGUGUCAUAGUUUCGAUCGUUGUUUGGAGUACUAUACUAAGUCUAACGACUGCAGGGGUCGGACAACAACCAGAAGAGAAUCCGUGUCGUGUAGAGUUUGACGAUGGAUCCGCUGGAGUGGGUGUUCUAAAUCGGACGUUCAAUGGCUUAGCCUAUUGUGAAUAUCUGGGAAUAAGGUACGCAGAGCCACCGGUUGGAUCGUUACGUUUUCAAGCUCCCGUUAUUCGAGCUCCGAAUAGUACCGAGCAAUAUGGCAAAGUUGGAAACAUUUGUGCCCAACUGGAUACUCUUGUGGCGGCUCUUUACGUACACGGAGAUGAAGACUGUUUAUUUCUGAACGUCUACAGCCCGUUGAUACCAUCUAGGAAUGAAACUAUGAAGAAGUUUCCCGUAAUGGUGUACAUUCACGGGGGAAGUUACGCGAUUUGGUCUCCUCAAACGGAUAUGUUUGGCGUUGACUUGCUGAUAGAAAACGAAAUAUUGGUAGUUUCGUUCAACUACCGAUUGUUUGUUCUAGGGUUCCUUCACUAUCCGGAGUACAAUAUAAGUGGCAAUUUUGGACUCAAGGAUCAGUUGGUUGCUUUGCAAUGGGUGCAGCAGUACAUUGAACCUUUCGGAGGUGACCCAAAUAAUGUCACAGUUCUCGGACAGAGCGUAGGAGCACAUUCCGUCACCUAUUACUUGUAUCUGGAACAGUUCAGUGGGUUGUUUCAUCGAGCGAUUGCAAUGUCCGGAUCGUUACUAGCGCCUUCGGCGAUGAUAUACAGGCCGGAUGAUUUCACACCAAAAUACUUGAAGGCCGUUAAUAUUUCUUCAAAAGAACAAUUGAUGAGCGUUCCCUUUGCAGACCUAUUUCUGUUCCACCCGAAGGCCAGGAGGUUUGUAUUCGCAACAAUUGGUCUUCCAAUCUUCCUGCCGACAGUCGAACAGGAGGACAGUGAGGAUGCGCUUGUGACGAAACCUGUCCACGAGUUGAUUCUGGGGGAGCCGGUCAAUCAGGUGCCGCUGAUGAUCGGAAUGACCGCCUGUGAGUUCACUCCCUACUUCAGUAGUGCGUUCUAUUUUGAAGCCGACGAAAACUUUCCCAACCACGAUGGUGAAGGUCAUGAAUCGUUAAGGCUGGUGCUAGAAUUAGUGCGAAAAGCCGCUAAACUUGCGCAGAAGCUGGACCCGAACGGGGUUGGUUGGCACUUUUAUGGGAAGUUGAGUGACUUAGUGAACAUGUACUAUCCGGUGAAAAAGCUUUUGUGGACGUUGCGGGGAAGUGAUUCUUAUCAGGAUCCAAUCUACUACUAUCGAUUCGAGUUUGAUGGAAAGUUUGGGAAGUACAAAAACAGGUUCUAUAAAGGUAGUUUGGAUGUGAGUUAUCACGGAGCUACGCACGGCGAUGAUUUGGGAUAUUUAUUUUCUCCGUAUAAUUUAAAAGAAGCAUUGAUCAAUCGUAGUGAUUUUAUGGUGGAAUGGGAGGUAAGCGAGAGAAAUGUGGAACGUAUUAGUAACUUCAUUAAAUAUGGGACUCCAACUAAGGUCAGCCAAAGCAGUAGUGAUAAGAGCCCUUGGGAGUCGUUCAAUGGCAAUAACUCCGAAGCUCAGUACCUGAAUAUUGAUAAGCAAGUCGAGAUGAGAGCGGAUGACGAUAGUUCCAAUUACAUUUUCCAAGUUUGGGAUAGAGCUUAUAACUGUUUGUUCUAUUCUAAUUGCACACCGACGCGGAAACUACUGGAUAGAAUCAAUCGACAACUUAAUAGUAACACUAGUGAAACGAAUCUGAUGAGUAUAUUCAACGACGAGAACGUAGUGUAGGUUUACGCAUCGGCGAUUAUGAACCUUACAAUGUUUCAUUUGAUGAGAAAAAUAUAUA